AUGGCAUCGAUAUCAUUCAGUGGCAGCAAUCAUGCGCUCCAGGUUGGAGUUAGCCAUGGCCCAAUCAGCGCUGAAUUCCAUCUACCGCCGGAGCGACCGGAAACCCCGCCUAGUCCUCUAUCAACUGUCCCAUUUCCGCGCCAUCCAGACUUUGUCUGCCGUAAAACGCUGCUCAACCAGAUUCAGAAGAAAUGCUCCGUGCCAGGGUCGCGGAUAGCGUUGGUCGGCCUCGGCGGUUUCGGGAAAUCGCAACUUGCCAUCGAAUACUCGUACCAGAUUCGACCCGAAUCUCGGACAACGUGGGUUUUCUGGAUCCAUGCGAGUAACGAAGCCCGAUUCGAGCAAAGCUUUCGGGAUAUUGCAGACCAAGUUAAAAUUCCAGGUCGUCAGGAUCCAAAGGUCAACAUAUUCAAAGAGGUCGAAAACUGGCUGCGAAAUGAGAAGAAAGGGAAAUGGAUUUGUAUCCUUGAUAAUGCCGAUGAUGACGAGUUCCUUUGUUCGCUUCCGGUAGUAGAAAAAGGCACUCUAGGGAGAGACAUAAUGAACGUCAUAACAAAGCCGCUAAUAGAAUACGUUCCUAGAAACCGGAAUGGCUCUCUGAUCAUCACAAGUCGGAGCAGAGCGGUCGCCCUGAGAAUGGUCCACUAUCGAGAUCUUCUUGAAGUUAAAGCGAUGGAAAGGUCUGAGGCGAUGGAGGUUCUUGAAAGACAGCUCGGCCAAUCAAGAGAAAGUCAAGGUAGUCAUCGUUUAGUCGAAGCUCUCGAGUUCAUGCCGCUUGCCAUCGUCCAGGCGGCUAGCUUUAUUCGCGAACGGGGGCCUCGCUAUUCAGUUUCAAAAUACUUGAGAGACUUCCAGGAGAAUAAGCGAAAAGCGACGAGGCUAAUGGAAGCAGAGGUAGUUAAUCUCUACCGCGACUCUGAGGCAAAGAACUCAAUUCUGGUGACUUGGCAAAUAUCGUUCGACUAUCUUCGACAAACCAAACAAUCUGCUGCAGAUUUGCUCUUAAUGAUGAGUUUUUUCGAUCGGCAAGGGAUACCAGAGAGCCUUAUCCGGCCUCAACCUGAAUUUAAAUGCAAAACAACUCCAGAGCUCAUUGACGAUUUUACUGGCGGAGAUACCUCUGAAACUGAUAUGAGCUCUGAAUUUGAAGAUGAUAUCAUGGCAUUAAGGAACUUAUCAUUUAUAUCUAUCAGCGAGAACAGCUCUUUUUUCACUACGCAUCAACUGGUGCAACUAGCAACACAUAUGUGGCUGAACAAACACGGUGAAAUAUACCAGUGGAGAGAGAAGUUCAUUAACAAUCUUUACUGGGAGUUCCCAACCGGUGAGUAUAAAAACUGGGAGAAAUGCCGACUGAUCUAUCCUCAUGUUCGAUCGGCCGUAUCACAACCACCGCGUUCACAAACCUCUCUAUUGAGAUGGGCCACACUCCUUUAUAGAGGUGCAUGGUAUGCGUCAGAAAGUGGCAAUGUUGCAGAUGUUAGGAAGAUGGCAUCGAGGUCAAGAAAGGAGAGAAUGAAGGUACUGGGUUACGAGGAUGAAGAAACACUUGCGAGUUCGGCAAUGCUAGCAAAAGCAUAUUCACUUGAGGGUCAAUGA